AUGCAACGUUACACACGUCGUUACACAUUAUAUUUUCGUCUUGUAAUAUUUUUAUUUUUAUCGAUUAAUUUUUGUCUUUUAUUAUUUUUUACAACAAAUCAAAAUCGAAAUUCUCAUUUUUCUUUUAAUAAAACAACGAAUAUUGCUAAUCGAAUAGUUUUAUUUGUUCGUACAUCACAUAAUUGUCAAUCACGUUUAAAUUAUCUUCUUCAAAGUUGGAUAUCAAGAAAUGUAUUAAAAAAAUCAAAUUUAUAUUUAAUUACAGAUCGUAUAUCAACCAUAACAAAUUUAACACUAUUAAAUUCUUUUCAUAAUGUAAUUCAAACACAUUGUCCAGAAACACACAAUCGUAUAGAUUUAUGUUGUAAAACAGCAUAUGAAUUUCAAUUAUUUUAUAGUUUAAAUAAAAUCAAAUCAAAUUUAGAAUGGUUAUGUCGUUUUGAUGAUGAUCAGUAUGUUAAUCUUAAUAAUCUAUAUAAAUAUUUAUCUCAAAUAAAUGCUUCAAAACCAUAUUAUAUUGGUCGGACAAGUAUCAAUGGUGGUUUAAAAAUUAGUAAUAGUAAUCGAACAUAUUCAUUUGCAACUUAUGGUGCUGGUGUAUGCUUUUCUCAUGCAUUACUUAAACAACUUCGUCCUCAUGUUAAUAUUAAAAUUUUACCUCGUAAUUGUAUAAAACGUGGUUUAUCUGAUGAUGCAUAUAUAGGUUAUUUAAUUGAAUUUAUUCUUAAUGUAUCAUUAACAGCAAUCAAUGAUCGAUUUCAUUCACAUUUAGAAAAACUUGAUAAAUCAUUUCGAAAUUAUAGUUUAGAUGAUUUAUUUCAUGGAAUUACAUUUGGUUUUUCAUGGGAUCGAUAUAAAUUAGAUUGGUUACCAAUAAUUCAUCAGUUAAUUAAUUUAAUUAAUCAAAAUCAAUAUGAAACAGCAAAUCAUUUAUGGUUAUUUUUAAGAAAUUAUGAAAAAGAACAUCCAGAAAAUUUAAAAGAUAAAUAUGAUGAAUCAUGUAUAUCAUAUCAACGUUUAAGAAAUCAAUCAAUUGAAUUACAAAUGAGAAAAAAUAAAAAAAUUAUUCAACAUUCUAAAAAACAUAUUAGAAGAAGUUAA